UACAUUACUCAGAAGAACCAUUGGCUUGUGCAAACAUUGAAUGGAAUUAGAAAGCUUUCCUUUGACCUUGCGUAAAUGGCCACAGAUGUAAAUAUCACAUGUGUUGGGCAGCUGUAGCUGAUUCCUUCAGAUUUACAGGAGGACUGGAAGGAGGCUAACAAAUUUGUCGAACUUAUUUUGAAUCCUGAUGCAAAGGAAGCUUUUAUUAUAAAUAAUGGGGGAACGCUUUGAUUGUCAUUAUUGCAAGGAAUCCCUUUAUGGCAAGAAGUAUAUCUUGCGGGAAAACAACCAGUAUUGUGUUAAAUGUUAUGAAAAUCUGUAUUCUAACAUGUGUGAAGAGUGUAAGGCACCAAUCGGCAGUGACUGUAAGGAUUUGUCCUAUAAGGAUCUUCACUGGCAUGAAAAAUGUUUCAACUGUGCUAAAUGUAGCUGUUCUCUGGUUGAAAAACCUUUUGCUGCCAAGGAUGAAAAUCUGCUGUGUAAUGAAUGCUAUUCGAAUGAAUACUCUUCAAAAUGCUUCACCUGCAAAAAGACCAUCACGCCUGGAUCUCGUAAAAUGGAAUACAAGGGAAACAGUUGGCAUGAAACGUGCUUCACUUGCAAACGCUGCCAGCAGCCAAUGGGAACCAAAUCUUUUAUCCCCUGGGAAAAUGAUGCCUACUGUGUCCCAUGCUAUGAAAAGCAGUUCGCUCAACACUGUUCAUCCUGCAAGAAGGCAAUAACAAGUGGAGGGGUGAGUUAUCAUGACCAGCCUUGGCAUAAGGAGUGCUUUCUGUGUACUGGAUGCAAAAUGCAACUAGCUAAUCAGCGUUUCACCUCGAGGGAUGACUUCCCAUAUUGUCUGGAUUGUUUCAGCAACCUCUAUGCUAAGAAGUGUACAGCUUGUGGAAAAGCAAUUGCCGGUCUCGGAGGUUCAAAGUAUAUCUCCUUUGAAGAUCGCCAGUGGCACAACGAUUGCUUCAAUUGUAAAAAAUGUGCCAUCUCUUUGGUCGGUCGAGGAUUUCUCACACUACGAGACGAUGUCCUCUGUCCUGAAUGUGGUCGCGAUGCUUAAACUGUGAAAUCAAAUCAAACCUGGAUUUUGGAAUAAGUGGUAGCACAAUUCUGUCUUUCAAAAUAUAUCUGCAGCUUUCAACAUAGUAAUAAGCAUAAUCAAUAACCUUUGGCAAGCGCUCAAUGGGCCAGAUUUUGUAGACAACAGAGAAGCAAUGGCAUUGAUCAUUGACCUUAAAGGAAUCUACCCACACUGAUGUAGUUGUCUCUGUGGCGUAUUUCUCCCCAUUCUCAUUUCACAACAGCAUUUGCUUUCAAGACAUGGGGUGUAAGAUAUGCAGUAGUAUUGAGCAGAUAAGCAAGCCAAUCACACUGAAGUGUUCGUAUGCUUCAAACUAGAGGCUUAAAAUACUUAACAUCCAGCACUUAAUAAUAAAAAUAUAUAUAUAUAUAUAUAUUGCGGAUCCUGAAAAUCUGAAGUGCAAACAGGAAAAGACUGGAAAAACUCAGCAGCAUCUAUGGAGAGAGAAACAAUGUUAAAUUUUUGGUUCUUCAGCACUGGACUCGAAACUUUAAUCCUGUUUCUCUGUCGACAGAUACUAUCAAACCUGCUGAGAUUUUGCAACACUUUGUAUUUCUAUUUAAUAUCCUCUACUAUUGAUUUAGUUAUUAUAGAUAGCAAAACAAAUUAUUGCUGGAUUCAGAUUAAAACUAAUGUAAAGAUAAAUUUUAGAAAGUUUUGUUUUAAUGUGGAAUUUUCUUUGUAAUUAUUCAGAACUUUAACAUGCUUCAAAUUAUAAAAAUAAGUUUCUUAGAUCCAGUGAGAGUAUUUAACAGUAAUUAUAAAGUUUAAAUGCCAUCUAAAAACAAUAGACUUGUAUUGCAUUGAAUAGGGUGCAACUUUUCCAAGAAUUUUGAAAUCAAGAUGAAAAAUAUAAGAAGAGAGGUCCUUCAAUUGAUUGCCCAUGGUUUGCAGUCUAUAAUUGUCUCAACCUCCUGGAGAACCAUGGGAUUAUGAUUUCUGUUCCCUGAUGGUAGAUAUAAAGUGAGGAGACUUGUAAAAUCCAGUGAGGAAAUUCCCAGUUGUCAAAGCUGCUGCCCCCGAUCUGUGUGAGCAAGAUGUUAAGUGGCCCAUCCAACUUUGGAUCAUUAAGUUUCUUAAAGCAGCUAAUUAAUGGCCACUAAAGGAAAUCAUCCUUGACAGUUAGGGGACCGAUGUACGCUGAAAACACUCGGCUGUUGCCUGACAAAAGGGUAGCCCUCCUUCGUGGGCCCCACAAAGCUCAAUUCCCCUCUCUCCACAGCCCUCCCUCCUGUCUCUUGAGCCUGGCAUUGUGGGGCAAUGUGACCUCCCUCCCCCACCCACCUCCUGGGCUGCUCACUAUGGUGGGACAGCCUGUGACCCAAAUAGGUUUUAGCGGUCCUGCUGGCACUGACGGGUUUAAAAAGCUGAUUGCCCAACAAUCUGAUUUCUUGCAACAUCAAAAUGUUCUGUGUCAGCUGUAGAAAUUGUGGCCCAUUCACCUUUUAACCAGAAUAGAUGGGGACUGCUGCACCCUGUAUUAUCAAGCCCCAGGAUCACUGACAGCAACAUUCAUCAGUACGGACUGUAGAAAAGGUUGUGAGUUUCAGUGCUGUAGGGAUGAUGAAAGCUAGCAAUUUCAUCGCUGGUAUUACAAAGUCUAGCCAUUGGUGUUUCUGAUAUAAGUAAGUUUUGACUGUAGCAGAAGUUCUUUUUCAGAGUACCACACAGUAUCAUCCCUACACAAUAUGUUUUAUUUGCUUUUGCUUUCAAUGGUAGCUUUCUCAUAAAAGCAUUCCUACACUGUUGAAGAAAUCGGAUAAAAUGUAAUAAUGUGAGCAAGGGAAGAUAUUGUAUUGACUAACCACAAUGGGCAAGAUGGUUUCACAAGAACAAAUUUAAUCUAUUUGGUGUGAAAAAUUUUAUAUUACCUCAUAAUGUCUCUAACAGGAUGGACUGCAGUAUUACUAGUGAUGAAGGAUAACAGUUGCAUUAAUAACUGUUCCUACUGCAAUUGGGAAAUAGCAUUAAUUUGCUUUUAGACUUUGCCGGCAAUUUCUUUAAAUCAAAAUUUAAUGUAUGGAGAUGUGUUUCUGUAUUCUUCAUAUUUAAAAUAGAAUGCUGUGUAAUUCUGGCCUACAUUUAGAAUUAGAUUCUCAUGUGAGAUGAGUAUAGUUAUAGAUGCAAGUUACAUUCUCUAUUUCUGAAGCAGCCUAUCCCAUUCUCACAUGCAAACUUCAAACAGCACAUAAUGGUUUAGAUGCCGUAUCUUUUCAAUGAUGAGUUUAUAAUAAAUACAGCUUUUAGUGAUGCUAAACAUGCACUAAAUACAGUGGCACCUCUAAUCAGUGCAAAAUAUUAAUUUUUACUUGUUUAUAUUUUUAGCUCUAGUAGUUUAUCCACUGAUCUGCCAAUAAAGCUUCAGCACUUCACAGAGCACAAAGCAAGCAAUUCCACACCAGGUUUAACAACAAGAAAUUAAAACUCUCAUAACAAAUGAUUUUGGAAAUCUAUGAUCAGUUUUGGAAGCCCAUAUUAGAAUAUAGUCAUAGAAGUAAUGCCUUACAGACAGCCUUUGCCCUUUAUUUGUAAGAGACUUGCAACUUUUACUUCCAUAUACUCUUUCGACAUCAGAUGAUGAUUUAAUACCAAUGGUGCAAAGUUUGUGUCCAUGCCACUUUGUAACAAGUUGGGCUGAAAUAUGAAAUAACUAUUUCUGGAAGGAGCAAUCAAUAGUUUACAAAAAUAAUGGAAUGUAAGUAGUAAGCAAUACAAAUUUCUUCACAAAAUUUAGGUAUAUAUGCUGGUGAACUUAAGUGAAAAGAAAUCAGUUUUAUUUGUUGAUACAUUUAUUCUAUAUUUGUUCAAUCAAUGUGAGUGACACUUGACAAAGCUGCUUUUAUUACCUAUUCCAGUUGACCGUAAGGGAUGGUGGCCAUUUCCUUGAAAUACAUUGGUAUAUGUGAGAUCUUCCCAUUAUGGUGUUUCAAAGGGAAUUUCACAAGUUCAACCCAGCAUUAUGAAUAUUCCUAUUCCAUUAUAUAGCAAAAUGUAAUCAGGUUCAGUUUUAAAACAAUUAACCCAGUGUCUACAGCUUUUUUUAAGAGAAAGAGUGGAAUUUCCAAUAUGUGGAAAGUUGCCACAGGGUAUUUAUCUUCUGAUGUGCUUAUUCUUGUCAAUAUUUCUAUAUGCUUUAGCUCUUGGCGAUCCCCAGGAUUAUAUUGGAAGGAUUGCUAGUGGUGACGUUGAUCUAAGAAGAUAGUUAGGUAUUUCCUGCAAUUCCAAGCACAUCUGUCCAAAGUCCUCACAGAGGAUAACAGUAGCUAUUUCAUUCUCUUAGGGUCCAUGAUUGGCAGUGAAGACUGUGUCAUUGAUAGAAACAGCCUCACUCCUGCUUUGCAGUGUAAGAAAGAAUAUUGAAGCAACUAAAAAAAAUGAAAACACUGCUGUGUAAUGGGCUGUGUUGCAACCACCUCCCUAUAAUUAGUAUGAUUUUGCUCACUGAUCUUUUCCUUUAAAUCCAUCCCUUCACACCCCACCCCAACACCCCACCUCACCCACCAUGGGCCACAGCUCAGCUAGAUAGCCUUGACUCCCUAUUCAGUCAUUCCUGUUUAAUUUCAAGACAGCUACUCUUCCUUUGCUCUGUGUUCUGACAGGUCUGCAGUUUGAAGUCUGAUUACAAUACUUUCUGACAGAAAUGAAAGUGAAUUUCAGUAGGUAGUUAAUGCUGACUAGGUGUCAUUUGAUGGUAUUAUUGAUGACUCCUUCUAUCACUUGGUUGAUGUGUCUGUGGUGAUGAGGGGCAAGUUUGAGAGGGCUGAUAUCUUACUCUAAGAAAUACCUAAUGUUUCUCCUAACAACAGCUUUUACAUUUCCUAUUGAAUUAGGGAGCUUCACGUUGAAUGGCGAUUGAGGCAGGAGCAUGAGGUGACAAUUUUGAUAGAUUAUGCUGCUGCUGUUGGCCCACCAAUGCCUCAUGGUGGCCUGUUUUUGAAUUGUUCACUCUGGUUUUGUCCUACUCAGCGCAAUGGUGGCUGCCUUUCUCAAGUCCAAAACGUAUGCCAUUAAAAUGAAGGCAGGUAUGAAUGCACAGGUAAAGCAGAAAGAUUGUAGUUGCCAAUCUAAUGACUCAACUGCUGUCAGUGUCAGAGACAGAUUCACAGUUUUACAGUUCUCAUAUGUUCAUCUAAACUCUUUGGUUAUUUGGUCCUUUCAAACUUUCCCUUUGACUAUAAUCAUAACAGCUGUGACUUACAGUAUAUUCCUGAUUGCCUGAAAAUCUGUUCACAGAAAUCUUGAAAUUUGAUGCGUUGCUUUGAGUUACAAAUCCAUAUAAAUUUAUGAUUUCCCUUUUCCUCCCUUCUUUUUGGCAAAUGUUAGCAGCUUAGAUCCUAAACAUCAAGCCUUGAAUGUCUUUGAUCCAAAUAAUGGCCACACACUAAAAAGUGCAGUUUGUUUCUUCUGUGAAAGCUCUUUGUAAUGCAACUCUUACUGUUUUUGAAUCUUCCAGUCAUGUGAAAAAAGGGUAAGAUGUAAUUUGUGUAAUACCACACACACAUAUUCCUGUUACUGCUUGAUGCUGUUGGGAAUACAUGGAAGUGUUUGUUUUUUCAUUUUAAAUUGUGCUUAAUUAAGUUCUGUGCACUGAAAUGUAUCACAUUUUUUUAAAAAAAAACUUAAUUAUUUAACAUUUGACCACCACAAAGUUUUCUUUAAAGUCGAUGAGUUCACACUUAGUAAUAUUUGCAUUUUAGUGAGGAAUAUUAUACAUUAAAGAAAUGUACUAAACUGAAGAAUGUUUCACAGUCUUAAUUCACAGUAUCCUUGGAAACAACUAAAUUAAGGCAGACUGAAUAGUGUGAUGCGUAUAAACCUGAGAAUCAUGCUUUAACUGUGAUAAACUUUAGUGCUGAUAUGCUCAAACAUACAUUUUAAACUGCAGUGUAAACAUCAUCAGUUGCAUGCAAAUUAGGAACUUUUCUGAGGUACAAAAGUUAUUUAUGAGUGAAUGUUGUUAAGCAGAUAGAAUAUUGUGCUUUUGAGAUUGUCAACAAA